AUGUUUAACGGUCUCUUUCAGAUUUUCCUUACUCCGCUGAGUAUCGAAGUAGUGCAGAGGCUUAUCGAAAGGGCUGGAAUGAUGUUAACGGCGAUUCAUCCUGCUUCAGUUAUUCAACACAUUUACGCGUCUUGCGCACUCCGAUGUCACAAACAACCAAUCACUGCUGAAAGCAAGACUGUAAAACAAGGAACUACGCUACCAGAAGUGAACGCACAUAUUGGUGUGCCCCCCGUCUAUAUCACAUUGUUUCAAUGCGCGGUUGUCGAGAAUACCGUACCGAAGGGCACGAAAGAUGACCUUUUCACAAGCGCUAACGUUGAUUGCACUGUUAACACAAUUGCUGGAAAAGAGUGCUCUUUUAAUGUAUUUGCUGCUCGGAAUCCCAACGUGGGUUUCCUUUAA